CCGGUUUCUCUAUUUAUCCGUCCCUUGAUUUUAUCGCUCGUACUCCCCCGUGUUCCCUCCCGCCCGCACUCCUCUUUCUCUCCCUCUUUUCUUGCUUCUUGGUUUGGAGGGAGAGGGAGGAGGUGAGAUCUCUUUCUGGUCUGCAAAUCCCCAUUUUCUGUGAGUGCCGCCGCCGGGGAAGAUGAAGUACGUUCUUGUUUCCGGAGGAGUCGUCAGCGGGCUCGGCAAGGGAGUGAUGGCGAGCAGCAUCGGUGUGGUUUUGAAGGCGUGUGGUCUGCGUGUAACAUCCAUCAAGAUAGAUCCAUACUUGAACACUGAUGCUGGAACAAUGUCUCCUUUUGAGCAUGGGGAGGUGUUUGUUCUCGAUGAUGGUGGCGAGGUUGAUCUUGACCUGGGAAACUAUGAAAGGUUUUUAGAUGUCAAACUGACUCGUGACAACAAUAUAACAACGGGGAAAAUUUACCAGUCUGUCAUUGACAAAGAGAGAAGGGGUGAUUAUCUUGGCAAAACUGUUCAGGUUGUUCCUCACAUAACUGAUGCUAUUCAGGAGUGGAUAGAGCGGGUUGCCAUGAUUCCUGUGGAUGGGAAGGAGGGCCCUGCUGAUGUGUGUGUCAUAGAAUUGGGCGGAACUGUUGGUGAUAUUGAAUCUAUGCCAUUUGUGGAAGCUCUUCGCCAAUUAUCAUACCGUGUUGGCCCUGGUAAUUUCUGCCUGGUCCAUGUCAGCCUUGUACCUGUUGUUAAUGUUGUUGGCGAACAGAAAACAAAGCCAACUCAGCACAGUGUUCGUGAGCUAAGGGGUCUAGGUUUGAUUCCAAACAUUCUUGCUUGCCGCAGUACGAAGCCACUGGAGGACAACGUGAAAGAAAAACUCUCUCAAUUUUGUCAUGUUCCUGCUGAAAGCAUUCUUACAAUUUAUGAUGUCUCAAACAUCUGGCACAUACCUCUGCUUCUAAGAGAUCAAAAGGUCCAUGAAGCAAUUUUAAAAGGGCUAAACCUUCUAGGCUUUGCAGGAAAUCCGGAGUUGCAGGAAUGGACUGCAAGAGCUGAACUGCAGGAUAAGUUAUCUUAUCCGGUUAGAAUUGCCAUGGUUGGAAAAUAUACUGGUCUAUCAGAUUCUUAUCUGUCUGUGUUGAAGGCUCUGUUGCAUGCAUCUGUAGAAUGCUCAAGGAAAUUGAUGGUUGAAUGGGUUGCUGCUACAGAUCUUGAAGAUGCUACUGCUAGAGAGGAUCCUGAUGCCUUUGAAGCUGCAUGGAAUGUGCUGAAGAGUGCAGAUGGUAUUCUUGUACCUGGAGGAUUUGGCGAUCGAGGUGUUCAAGGAAAAAUCCUUGCAGCAAAGUAUGCUCGCGAAAACAGAAUCCCGUACCUAGGAAUUUGUUUAGGCAUGCAAAUUGCAGUGAUUGAAUUUUCACGUUCGAUUCUUGGCCUUCAUGAUGCAAACAGUACAGAAUUUGAUCCAGAUACAAAAAAUCCUUGUGUGAUCUUUAUGCCAGAAGGUUCCAAAACUCAUAUGGGAGGUACCAUGCGUCUGGGAUCGAGAAGGACAUAUUUUCACAUGGCGGACAGUGUCACUGCAAAAUUAUACGGCAAUGUGGGAUAUGUGGAUGAACGGCAUCGACACAGAUAUGAGGUCAACCCUGAGAUGAUUGAUCAACUGGAGCAGGCAGGUCUUUCAUUUGUCGGGAAGGAUGAGAGUGGCAAGCGCAUGGAAAUUGUAGAACUUCCAGGUCAUCCUUACUUUGUUGGCGUACAAUUUCACCCGGAGUUCAAAUCUAGGCCUGGAAAACCUUCAGCUGUUUUCUUAGGGCUUAUACGAGCAGCAACUAAUCAACCAAUUUUUGGUAUGCCACAUCCAAGCCACAACAAAAUAGCUACUAGGAACAGCAUGAGCAAUGGAACGGCAGCGCCACUCAAGUCAUUCAUGAAUGGCAAGAUAAAUGGUCCACUAAGGACCAGUCUCUACUCAAACGGAAAUGGCGUACAUAUUUAGAAAGCAAUUUGGUGGCCUUGGAAAUCUGUCACCGCUGGAGUUUUGCAGUUUUACUUGGAGGGGCUUUUCUUUUUUCUGUACAGCUUGCAGUUGAGUAGAUUCGUGGCUGGAGACUGACGAGUGCCGGAAUGGAGACCAAGCAACCUACUUGGUUCAAACAUGGACAAUAAUUUCCAUUUCAUGGCAGUUUUUCUGGGAGUUGUCUUCGCAGUUACCGAAGCAUUUUGGUUCAAAUAUGGACAAUAAUUUAGAUUUCAUGGCAGUUUUUCUGGGAGUUGUCCUCGCAGUUACCAAAGUAUUUAGUCUGUACUUGUGAUGGAACACCUAAAACACUGCAAGAUUGAGUUAUCUUGUCUCAGUUUGAACAAGAUCAUUCCCUAUAGUGGAAUGAUUUCUUA